AUGGCAUAUGGCUCUAUCGUAUCAGGCUUCCGGUACAUCGCUUGCGCAAACGGACCAAGAUCUCACGAAUCCUCACACCCAGGCGUCUUCCCCUUCUUCCGCCGAACACCGCAGCAUUCUAUCCAUACCGACCGUCUCUUGCCUCCUGGCUCUGACUUGGAAGCUGCUGAACCUCCUUCUGAAGCCUUGCCUACCGGAGAUGUCGAAAUAGGAGGUGUGCACCUGGACUGGCAAGACCGAUCCACCUUUCUCCGGAUGUCACCCUCCGCCUUGACGUGUACCGCCGAAAAGGGUUUCCGGAGCGCCAGGACCAAUGUGGGUGUCAGGGAGGGGACGUGGUAUUUCGAAUGCACCGUCCUCAAGGGAGGAGGAGAAGGAGGGACGGGGAGGGUCGUGACGAAUCAAGGUCGAUCUGGGACCGGGGACGGAGCACACGUAAGAAUAGGAUGGGCGAGGAGAGAAGCUUCGUUGAAUGGUCCUUGCGGUCUGGAUGCGUAUUCGUACGGCAUAAGGGAUUCUUCGGGGGAGAAGAUCACCAUCUCCCGUCCGGCGGCUUAUGGGGUACCUUUUGGUACGGGGGACGUUAUCGGAUGUUUGAUACACUUGCCACCCUUGGACAAUUUCUCUGGGGUUGAGGAGGUCGAAGAGAGGGAAAGGCAGAGACGGGAAGCAAGGAGGGUCGAAGACGAUUCGUUGGACCCGGCGAGGAUCGCUAGGAAACGGUAUCCGCUUUACUAUAAGGGACAACAUUAUUUCGAGAUGGUCGAAUAUACCGUAGCCAAGGAGAUGGAGAACCUCGUCGCGAGAGACGGGAGGGUGCUUGUACCCGCUAUCAAACCGGGGACGGACGGUGGAAAACUGGGCAAGGCGAUCAAGAAGGGAAGGAAGAAGGCCGGUGAGGGGGACGAAGAGGCUCAAGCGGAGGACCAACCGAAAGAACUCCCCGUACUGAAAGGGUCGAGCAUCACCUUCUUCCUCAACGGGAAGCCUAUGACAGCAGACAACAAACCGGCUUUCACAGAUAUAUUGCAUUUCCUGCCUCUCAGGCAGACGGAGAAGGAAGCCAAGGCGAGAGAAGCCUUUGAAAAGGGAACGACAGCGGACGCUUUGAUGAAGCAGAAAGAAAACCCGUAUGACGACGGGACGUUGGGGUACUACCCCUUUGUCUCUUGUUUCGGUGGAGCCAAGGUCAAGUUCAACCCUGGGCCUGUAUGGGAAGCACCGGUGGCAGACGAGGAUUGGCCUGCGCUAUCACGCGAUGGUCCGGAUGCAGAAGCACCGCUCUCUCGACUAUCGCCCCGACCGAUCAACGAGAGAUGGCCAGAGUUCAGGGCGGAAGAACGCAUCUAUGACGACAUUGACGACGAGGCCGAUAUGAGAAAGCUCAAAAAGUUCGAAGCCGACAAGCGUAAAGAACGACGAGACAAUGGCGCAGGGACCGGUCCUGCCCGAGGCGGCAAACGAACUCGAGGUGCCCCUAAGAAGGGAGGAAAGAACGCGAUGAGCUCGCUAGCAACAGAGAGAUUCGAUCGGAGUACCGUCUCUGGUGGAUCUAGCCCGUUCCCGGACCAAGAGGCGGACAGCUUUGGGGCAGGUCAGGCGGAUUCGAGGGGAUCGACACCUGCUCAGACGGAUUACGGGAUGGAUGUGGACGCGGCAUUGCCUUCCCCUAUACCAGGGACCAGCGGGUUUGGCCUCGACAUGGGUAUCCCGAGUCGAUUAGCAUACGAGACGGACGACAGGGAGUAG